GACAGAAGAUCGUUCCUCCAGGGCUACUGCUGCGGUUGGUCCAGUCGCUGCGCUACUGCCGGUGUGAGCUGCAACCAUGAGUUCCGAUCAGGAAAUGGCCGUUUUUGGGGUGGCCGCCCAGUUCCUCAGGAAAUCUGAGAAGGAGAGGAUCGAGGCGCAGAAUAAACCCUUUGACGCCAAGACAUCUGUCUAUGUGAACGAUGUUAAAGAAUCGUACGUGAAAGGAACCCUUACGAGCAAGGAGGGUGGCAAAGCCACGGUGAAGACAGAAGGUGGACAGACUCUGACGGUGAAGGACGACCAGAUCUACCCCAUGAACCCACCCAAGUUUGAUAAGAUUGAAGACAUGGCCAUGAUGACCCACCUGAACGAACCGUCCGUCCUGUAUAACCUCAAAGAGCGUUACGCAGCCUGGAUGAUCUACACCUAUUCCGGGUUGUUCUGCGUCACCGUGAACCCCUACAAGUGGCUUCCCGUCUACAACCCGGAGGUGGUGAACGCUUACCGGGGCAAGAAGCGCCAGGAGGCUCCACCACACAUCUUCUCCAUCUCUGAUAACGCCUAUCAGGCCAUGUUGACCGAUCGUGAGAACCAGUCUAUCCUGAUCACCGGAGAAUCCGGGGCCGGAAAGACCGUGAACACCAAGCGUGUCAUCCAGUACUUUGCGACAAUCGCAGCCGUCGGUGACAAGAAGAAGGAAGAGGCUUCAAAAAAUAAGGGCACCCUGGAGGAUCAAAUCAUCCAGGCCAACCCUCUGCUGGAGGCCUUCGGUAACGCCAAGACCGUGAGGAACGACAACUCGUCCCGCUUCGGUAAAUUCAUUCGGAUCCAUUUCGGCACCACCGGGAAACUGUCCUCGGCAGACAUUGAAACAUAUCUGCUGGAGAAGUCUAGGGUUACCUUCCAGCUGAAGGCCGAGAGGAGCUACCACAUCUUCUACCAGAUAAUGUCCAACAAGAAGCCGGAACUCAUCGAAAUGCUCCUGAUCACGACCAACCCGUACGACUUUCCCUUCGUCAGCCAAGGUGAAAUCGCGGUGGCGAGUAUCGAUGAUUCAGAUGAGCUGAUGGCCACCGAUAGUGCCAUUGAUAUCCUUGGCUUCACCUCAGAUGAGAAGGUGGCUAUUUACAAGCUGACGGGCGCCGUCAUGCACUACGGCAACAUGAGGUUCAAGCAGAAGCAGAGAGAGGAGCAGGCCGAGCCCGACGGCACAGAAGUUGCUGAUAAGGCCGCUUACUUGAUGAACCUUAACUCUUCGGAUUUGCUUAAAGCUCUUUGCUACCCUCGAGUCAAGGUCGGAAAUGAAUAUGUCACCAAAGGGCAGACAGUGCAGCAGGUUUACAACAAUGUCGGUGCUCUGGGCAAAGCCGUCUAUGAGAAAAUGUUCUUGUGGAUGGUCACUCGUAUUAACGAACAGCUGGACACAAAACAGCCACGUCAGUUCUUCAUUGGUGUGUUGGAUAUCGCCGGAUUCGAGAUCUUCGAUUACAACAGCCUGGAACAGCUCUGCAUCAACUUCACCAACGAGAAGCUGCAGCAGUUCUUCAACCACCACAUGUUCGUCUUGGAACAAGAGGAAUAUAAGAAGGAAGGGAUCGAGUGGACGUUCAUCGACUUCGGCAUGGACCUGGCCGCCUGCAUCGAGCUUAUCGAGAAGCCGAUGGGCAUCUUCUCCAUCCUUGAAGAGGAGUGCAUGUUCCCCAAGGCAACAGACACUUCAUUCAAGAACAAGCUUUACGACCAACAUCUCGGCAAAUCCAACAACUUCCAGAAACCGAAACCGGCCAAAGGCAAGGCAGAGGCUCACUUCUCCCUCGUCCACUACGCCGGGACGGUGGAUUACAACAUCUCUGGGUGGCUCGACAAGAAUAAGGACCCGCUGAAUGAAACCGUCAUUGGGCUCUACCAGAAGUCUUCCAUGAAAACACUGGCUCACCUGUUCUCUAGCUACUCGGCAACAGAAGCAGAGGGGGGAGCCAAAAAGGGUGGCAAAAAGAAGGGUUCCUCUUUCCAGACCGUGUCCGCUCUGUUCAGGGAAAAUUUGAACAAGCUGAUGAGCAACCUUAGGACAACUCACCCCCAUUUUGUCCGUUGCAUUAUUCCCAAUGAGACCAAAACCCCAGGGUCAAUGGAACAUGCGCUUGUGCUUCAUCAGCUCAGGUGUAACGGGGUGCUGGAGGGCAUCAGGAUCUGCAGGAAAGGAUUCCCCAGCAGGAUCCUCUACGGUGACUUCAAACAGAGAUACAAGAUCCUUAACGCCAGCGCCAUCCCCGAGGGCCAGUUUAUUGACAGCAAGAAGGCUUCAGAAAAACUUCUGGGAUCUAUUGAUGUUGACCAUACUCAGUACAAAUUUGGGCACACCAAGGUGUUCUUCAAAGCUGGUCUCCUGGGUACGCUGGAAGAGAUGCGAGACGAACGCUUGGCACAAAUCAUCACUCGAACCCAAGCCAGGUGCAGAGGAUACCUGAUGAGGGUUGAGUUCCAGCGCAUGAUAGAGAGAAGGGAGUCCGUCUUCUCCAUUCAGUACAAUAUCCGCGCCUUCAUGAACGUCAAGCACUGGCCAUGGAUGAAGCUCUACUUCAAGAUCAAGCCUCUCCUGAAGAGCGCCGAGUCCGAGAAGGAGAUGCAAAACAUGAAAGAAGAGUUUGCGAAGACAAAGGAAAGUCUGGCAAAGUCAGAAGCGAAAAGGAAGGAGCUGGAGGAGAAAAUGGUUAAAAUUCUCCAAGAGAAGAACGACCUCACUCUUCAAGUCCAGUCUGAAUCGGAGAACUUGAUGGACGCGGAGGAAAGAUGCGAUCAAUUAAUUAAAACCAAAAUCCAACUGGAGGCCAAAAUCAAGGAGCUGAACGAGAGGCUGGAGGAUGAGGAAGAAUCAAACGCCGAGCUGACGGCCAAGAAGAGAAAGCUGGAGGACGAAUGCUCCGAGCUAAAGAAAGACAUCGACGACCUCGAGCUGACUUUGGCCAAGGUUGAGAAGGAGAAACACGCCACAGAGAACAAAGUAAAAAACCUUACAGAAGAAAUGGCGGUUUUGGAUGAAAACAUUGCUAAACUUACCAAGGAGAAGAAAGCCCUUCAAGAAGCCCACCAGCAGACUCUCGAUGACCUGCAGGCAGAAGAAGACAAAGUGAAUACCCUGACCAAAGCAAAGACCAAGCUGGAACAGCAAGUGGACGACCUUGAGGGGUCUCUCGAACAAGAAAAGAAACUGCGCAUGGAUCUCGAAAGGUCCAAGAGGAAGCUUGAAGGGGAUCUUAAAUUAGCCCAGGAAACCAUCAUGGACCUUGAAAAUGACAGACAGCAAAUGGAUGAGAAAAUUAAGAAGAAGGAUUUUGAAAUCAGCCAAUUUAUGAGCAGAAUCGAGGAUGAGCAGGCACUUGGUGCUCAACUUCAGAAAAAGAUUAAAGAAUUACAGGCCCGUAUCGAGGAACUGGAAGAGGAAAUCGAGGCGGAACGGACUGCGAGAGCCAAGGCCGAGAAACAGCGCUCAGACCUCUCCAGGGAGCUCGAGGAGAUCAGCGAGCGUCUGGAGGAAGCCGGUGGAGCAACCUCUGCUCAGAUCGAGAUGAACAAGAAGCGCGAGGCCGAGUUCCAGAAAAUGCGCCGUGAUCUGGAAGAGUCCACCCUACAACACGAAGCCACAGCGGCCGCUCUCCGAAAGAAGCACGCCGACAGCUCGGCGGAACUCGGAGAACAGAUCGAUAACCUCCAGCGUGUGAAGCAGAAGCUGGAAAAGGAGAAGAGCGAACUGAAGAUGGAGAUCGACGACCUGGCCAGCAACAUGGAAACUGUAUCAAAAGCCAAGGCCAACUAUGAGAAGAUCUGCCGCACCCUCGAGGAUCAGCUGAGUGAAGUGAAAUCGAAGGAAGAGGAGCACCAGCGCCAGAUCAAUGAAAUCAACACGCAAAGAGCGCGCCUGCAAACAGAAAACGGGGAAUUCUCCCGACAGCUGGAAGAAAGAGACACCUUAAUCUCCCAGCUGUCUCGCAGCAAACAAGCCUUUACCCAACAGAUUGAGGAGCUGAAGAGACAGCUAGAAGAGGAGACUAAGGCCAAGAACGCCCUCGCUCAUGGUCUACAAUCUUCCCGCCAUGACUGCGAUCUGCUCAGGGAGCAAUAUGAAGAGGAGCAGGAAGCCAAGGCCGAGCUCCAGAGAUCCCUGUCCAAAGCCAACGGAGAAGUCGCCCAAUGGAGGACGAAAUACGAGACGGACGCUAUUCAGCGCACAGAGGAACUGGAGGAAGCCAAGAAGAAACUUGCUCAACGUCUACAGGACGCAGAAGAGCAAAUUGAGGCGGUGAAUUCCAAAUGUUCUUCGCUUGAAAAGACCAAAGUCAGACUGCAGAAUGAAGUGGAGGAUCUUAUGGUGGACGUGGAAAGGUCGAAUAGCGCCUGCGCCGCUCUGGAUAAGAAACAAAAGAACUUUGACAAGAUUCUUGCAGAUUGGAAACAGAAGUAUGAGGAGGCCCAAGCAGAAUUGGAAGCUUCCCUGAAGGAAGCCCGAUCUCUCAGCACAGAGUUAUUCAAGAUGAAGAAUGCCUACGAGGAGUCUAUGGAUCACCUGGAGACCGUCAGGAGAGAGAAUAAGAAUCUACAACAGGAGAUUUCCGAUCUUACGGAACAAGUAUCUGAAAGCGCCAAGAGUCUGCAUGAAGUGGAGAAGGCCAAAAAACAGAUCGAGCAGGAGAAAAGUGAAAUCCAGUCUGCCCUUGAAGAAGCAGAGGCCUCCCUUGAACACGAAGAGGGUAAGAUUCUCAGAAUACAGCUCGAGCUCACCCAAGUGAAAUCCGAAAUCGACAGGAAGAUUGCCGAGAAGGAUGAAGAAAUCGAUCAGAUGAAGAGAAACCAUAUAAGAGUGGUGGAGUCCAUGCAGAGCUCACUCGACGCUGAAAUCAGAAGCAGAAACGAUGCCCUGAGGUUAAAGAAGAAAAUGGAAGGAGAUCUCAAUGAAAUGGAGAUCCAGCUCAGCCAUGCCAACCGCCAAGCCGCAGAAUCUCAGAAGCAGUUGAGGAAUGUCCAGGGAAUACUUAAGGAUGUCCAAAUCCACCUUGAUGACUCUCUCAGGAGUCAAGAAGAUCUGAAGGAACAGCUGGCCAUUGUGGAGCGCAGAGCUAACCUGAUGCAGGCUGAGAUUGAGGAAAUGAGGGCCGCUCUAGAACAAACAGAACGGAGCAGGAAGGUGGCUGAACAGGAACUGCUGGAUGCCAGUGAACGCGUCCAACUCCUACACACUCAGAACACAAGUUUGAUAAACACCAAGAAGAAGCUGGAGACAGACAUCGCUCAGUUGCAGUCAGAGGUGGAAGAGUCCAUACAAGAAGCCCGCAACGCAGAAGAGAAAGCUAAGAAAGCAAUCACUGACGCUGCCAUGAUGGCCGAGGAGCUGAAGAAGGAGCAGGACACCAGCGCUCACCUCGAGAGGAUGAAGAAGAACCUGGAUCAGACUGUGAAGGAUCUCCAGCACCGUCUGGAUGAGGCAGAGCAGCUGGCGCUGAAAGGAGGCAAGAAACAGCUCCAGAAACUGGAGGCCAGGGUCCGCGAACUGGAAAAUGAAGUGGAGGCAGAACAGAAACGCAGCUCUGAAGCCAUCAAAGGUGUCCGUAAAUAUGAGAGAAGAGUAAAGGAACUCACGUACCAGUCUGAAGAAGACAAGAAGAACGUCAUGAGGCUGCAAGAUCUGGUGGACAAACUUCAGAUGAAAGUCAAGGCUUACAAGAGGCAGACCGAGGAGAUUGAGGAGCAGUCUAACAUGAAUCUGACCAAAUACCGCAAAGUUCAGCACGAGCUGGAAGAGGCCGAGGAACGCGCCGACAUCGCAGAGUCUCAGGUCAACAAGCUCCGGGUGAAGACCCGCGAAGUCACCAAGAUCGUGAAAAGCGAGGAAUAGAGGAGUCCUGAGCCCCCAGGUGACCGUAGAGGGGCACAAAAUGUGGCCCUCUCUCUGUCACGUGGCUCUUCGUAAAAAAGUCUUAAGUUUUCAGUAAUAAAAAUGUAGACCUUUGCAAGAA